AAUACGAAAGAUGAUGGUUCUCGUACAACUAAACCCAUCGCUCAAUUUAUCUGGCGGGUAUUUUCAACUCAUCAUUCCCUGUAAGACCACUUGUGAGAUUUCUGGAUAGAUUACAAACCCCUCCUUUGUGUGAGUGGAGUCAGCAUAGAAGGCCAGGCUGACGGAGGCCUUACCUCCAGCUUCCAGUUAAACACCACACAGAUACGAGCAGUUUCCAACCUUCACUACUCGACUACUUGCAAUACCUAGUUCAUAUACUUUCAUUGUACUCCGUAUUCUCGGCGGGGAAAAAAAAAAUCUGCCACGAAAAAACACAGCACUGAACGACAAAAGCGUGGACAAAAUGUCUUCGGUCUCUUCGAUCCGCCAAUACAGAGUGGGCGUCAUUCUAUUCGAAGGAGCAGACAUCCUCGACUUUGCGGCUCCCAUUGAGAUUUUGUCUCAUGCAUCGCGUAACCGAAACCCUGAUGACCCUGAUCGUAUCUUCAAUAUCGAAACCAUCGCUCGUACACGUGCUAUUUCAGCAAAGGGUCCCCUAGCUAUCCAAGCCGACGUCCUCUUGGAUGACGUCUUUCACAAUAUAGGAGAGUACGAUAUUUUGGUCGUCCCAGGAUCCUCGCCGUCAAUUGUCAAGACGUUAAUUGGCUCGAAUUCGCCUGAACUUGAUCUGAUUCGGAAGUUCGCCACACUGCCUCUCACUGCGCAAGGUGAACCACGAGUUCUCUUUUCAGUGUGCACUGGUGCUAUCCUGCUUGGAGCUGCAGGGGUCUUACUUGGGGUCACGGUAACCACUCACCACAAAGCCUUCGAUUGGCUUCGCGAUGUCUGCUUCCAAGGAAAUGAAGACAGGAUGCCGCCCCCGGAGAUCAUCCACAAACGCUAUGUGGACGGGGGACUCAUGAGAAAUGGUACAGUGAGGCUUUUGACAGCUGGUGGUGUCAGUUGUGGGCUAGAUGCAAGUCUCUUUCUUGUCAGUCAGCUCACUACGCCUGAUAUGGCAGCCUUUGUGGCUCGUGUUGUCGAGUAUGAUUGGAAGCAACCUACUGAAUGAUGAUCAAGAGAAGCCUCAGCAGGUGGGAUCUAGGGCACAGUACCAAAGCAUCUCUUCAUUGAGCUCCUAGCAAUAGUUUUAGCUCUUCUAUUUUUUUUUUGGAUAUAGCAAAUCAGACCAUCACUUCUCUCGCAUACUCUUUUCUGAGAUACGAUAUGGGUACUGUGACAUCCCCAUCGAAGCCUCUGGAUUAAUUACCAACAUACAGUACUUUCAGCUUCCUGACUCAGACAACUCUACCUAUACUAGGUUUCUCCUUGAACUUUACUGUGAUCUAUAAACAGAUAUCACGAAUGAUGUUCUGUCUUACGAUGGGGCUCACAAUCAGACAUCACACCCUCAUCCCAUGUGAUCAUUGAUAUUAUGAACCAGGCCACAGUGGAUCUUGAGAACGCG